GCAAUGCCGGCGCAUUCAACCGGCUCAAGCAGCCGGAGCACAUGGCUGCUACAAAUCUCCUUACUCCUAGCCUUAAUAAUAACAACGACAUUAGGAAUAAGUCGACCACCUCAAGAAGCCAUACGCUUUUCCCAUCCAAUAUAUAAUGUCAGCGUUCCCGAAAACAGUCCCGGAAAAACCUUCCUCAUUCAGCCGGCGAACGAAGACAGAGCCGGGUUGCGUUUAUCCGGCAUCUGGCAACAGGCCGAUGUUAAGUAUAAGAUAUCAGCAGGGGACAAGGAUAAGUUUUUUAAGGCUGAAGAGAGAACUGUUGGUGAUUUUAGUUUUUUAAUUUUAAGGACACGUACUGGUAACACGGCUGUGCUGAAUCGUGAACGCAAGGACAGGUAUUUACUAGAAAUCCAUGCCACGGUUAUUUUGAGACAAAAUGGUAAAAGUAAAAUUGUCAGCGAAGCUGAUACUAAUGUAUCAGUCACAAUUUUAGACACAAAUGAUUUAAACCCUUUGUUUUACCCCAACGAUCAGUAUUCAGUGACAAUAAACGAGGACACGCCUAUACACUCAGAUAUUUUACGCGUCGACGCCGAAGAUGCUGAUCUCGGAAUCAACGGUGAAAUUUACUACUCGUUUGUAGAACAAACUGACCAAUUUGCUGUACACGCCACAUCAGGAGUAGUAACUUUAACCAGGCCUUUAUCCUUCACCGAAAAAUCCCUGCACGAGCUUCAAAUCUUAGCAACCGAUCGUGGAGGUGCCAAAAACAAAGGCACGGGUCACAGUAGUAAGGCUAAAGUACGCAUCAAAGUCCGCCAAGUCAAUUUAUUUGCACCAGAUAUUUAUGUACACCCUUUGCCAGACAUUCUAGAAAACUCCGACUUUUUGGUGUACGCAAUCGUGCGUGUCGUUGACAAAGAUUCCGGUGUCCACGGUCAAGUCAAAAGUUUAGAUAUCGUCGACGGUGACCCGGAUGGUCAUUUUAGAGUCCGAAGAACCGAUACACCUGGUGAAUUCAACAUCGAAGUGCACAAGAAAUUGGAUAGAGAAGCCACUCCACAAGGUUAUAAUUUAACUUUACGAGCUGUUGAUCGUGGUACGCCCACUCGAGAAAGUUACAAAGCUGUUCCGGUGCACUUGUUGGACGCAAACGAUAACGCACCUGUAUUUGCAAGAGAGUUGUACGAAAUAUCUGUACCUGAAACAUCACCCAUAAACUCUCCAGUUAUACGUCUAAAAGUCACUGACAAAGACGAAGGCAAAAACGCGCAAGUUUUCCUGGAAAUUGUUGGCGGAAACGAAGGCGGCGAGUUCUGGAUCAACCCUAACUCCGGCAUGUUGUAUACAAGUGUUAUGCUUGAUGCUGAAUCCAAAGCGUUUUAUACAUUAACAGUAUCAGCUAUAGACCAAGGUAAUACAGGUACACGUAAACAAUCUUCAGCUAAAGUCAAAAUCAACGUACAAGACGCCAACGAUAACGAUCCUGAGUUCGACCAAACAGAAAUCACAGUCUUUGCUGAUGAAAACGAACCUGGUGGCACUUUUAUCACCAAAGUUACCGCCAAAGAUCGUGACAGUGGUGAAAACGCUUACAUAUCCUACAGUAUAGCAAACAUCGAAGACGUACCUUUCGAAAUAGAACAUUUUAGUGGUGCAGUACGUACAACAAGAUUACUGGAUUACGAAUCCAUGAGACGUGAAUACGCGCUUUUGGUUCGUGCAUCGGAUUGGGGUUUGCCUUACAGACGCCAAACUGAAUUACGACUAAAUAUCAAGUUGCGAGAUGUAAAUGAUAAUAGACCGCAAUUUGAACGCGUUGAUUGCGAAGUAAGAUUAUCAAGAUUUGCACCCAUUGGCACAGAAGUGAUAACUUUGUCUGCAAUUGACUUGGACGCUGGUAAUAUAAUUUAUUAUCGUGUGGUUUCAGGGAGCGAGGACGAUUGCUGCUUGGACACAUCAUCAGGAGUUUUGACUGUUGAUUGUGAUUUGAGUGAUGUACGGUCUGAUGAGCGGUUUGUUAACGCUACAGCAACUGAUGGUAAACAUUUUUCUGAUGUAGUCACUGUGCAUAUAAAAUUAACCAACACUUUGGACAAAUCAGGUGUAUCUAAUUGUCGUGAAACUGGUGUAGCAAGACGAUUGACUGAAGCUUUGGCUUCUGCUGAAAGAAAUAACUUACCUCUGCCUUCGCCGGAGCCUAGACACGCUAGGCACAGGGAUAACCUACAGCCCUGAGUUUAUAGAUUUCCUAACGAAGUACGUGUAAACGAAUCAGCACCUUUAGGCACAGUUUUACUAACUUUACGUGCAAGAGACCGCGAUAUGUCCUACAACGGUCGUGUGAUUUUCGGUAUCUCCGGUGGUGAUAGUGAUUCAGUGUUUCGUUUAGAUCCAGAAACUGGUGAACUGCAAAUUAUAGGUUAUUUAGACCGCGAACACGAGUACGAGUACUAUCUAAAUGUAACCGCGUACGAUUUGGGUAAACAAAAAUCGCAAUCGCGUAUAAUUCCUGUAACAGUUCUUGAUGUCAACGACAAUGCUCCUAAAUUCGAGAAGGCAUUCGCCAGUUUUCGGGUUACUGAAAACGCGUUGAAUGGCACUGUGAUUUUUCGGCCAAAUGCCACCGAUGCAGAUUAUGGUGCCAAUGCCAAAGUUCGUUACUCGUUGGUAACUGAUACCAAAGACUUUGCAGUAAAUCCUGAUAACGGAUUUUUGUACGUCAGUAACUUCUUGGAUAGGGAAAGUCAGGAGUUGUAUGAACUGCGUUUAAGGGCUACAGAUGGUGGUGGUUUGUAUGCUGAUGCCUUGGUAAGAGUCACUAUAGACGAUGUAAAUGAUAAUGCUCCUAAAUUUGCUUUGGAAACUGUGACAGUCCGUAUACGCGAAGACGUACCCUUAGGCUCUCUUGUAGCCAUGGUCGACGCUUUUGAUCCUGACCUAGGCGCCGGCGGCGUUAUAAAAUACUCUUUACUCCCCGAUGAAGCCGAAGGCGAACCUUGUUUCCGAGUUGACAAAAAAUCAGGAGCCAUCAGAGUCUCCAAACCUUUAGAUUUCGAAGAACGCCAACUUCAUACCCUGACCAUCGAAGCCAGAGACUCCGGUUCGCCAGCUUUGACCUCCAAAGCUGUUUUGAUAGUGGAAAUUGUGGAUGUCGAUGAAAAUAGUUUUGCGCCAGUGUUUUCUGAUUUUGUGUUGAGUGGUUCAGUGAGUGAAAAUUUACCAGCCGGCUCUAAAGUUAUGAGAGCUUUGGCCACGGACGACGACCCGCCGGGGCCUUGUUCUAGGAUUACUUACACCAUCACGGGAGGCACGGGAUUGGGAUACUUUGCAAUCGAUGAUAAAGGAACUCUGAUAAUUCUUGGAAAAAUGCGUUUUCUCCAUGCAAUGCCGGCGCAUUCAACCGGCUCAAGCAGCCGGAGCACAUGGCUGCUACAAAUCUCCUUACUCCUAGCCUCAAUAAUAACAACGACAUUAGGAAUAAGUCGACCACCUCAAGAAGCCAUACGCUUUUCCCAUCCAAUAUAUAAUGUCAGUGUUCCGGAAAACAGUCCCGGAAAAACCUUCCUCAUUCAGCCGGCGAACGAAGACAGAGCCGGAUUGCGUCUGUCCGGCAUCUGGCAACAGGCCGAUGUCAAGUAUAAGAUAUCAGCAGGGGACAAGGAUAAGUUUUUUAAGGCUGAAGAGAGAACUGUUGGUGAUUUUAGUUUUUUAAUUUUAAGGACACGUACUGGUAACACGGCUGUGCUGAAUCGUGAACGCAAGGAUAGGUAUUUACUAGAAAUCCAUGCCACGGUUAUUUUGAGACAAAAUGGUAAGAGUAAAAUUGUCAGCGAAGCUGAUACCAAUGUAUCAGUCACAAUUUUAGACACAAAUGAUUUAAACCCUUUGUUUUACCCGAACGAUCAGUAUUCAGUGACAAUAAACGAGGACACGCCUAUACACUCAGAUAUUUUACGCGUCGAUGCCGAAGAUGCUGAUCUCGGAAUCAACGGUGAAAUUUACUACUCGUUUGUGGAACAAACUGACCAAUUUGCUGUACACGCCACAUCAGGAGUAGUAACUUUAACCAGGCCUUUAUCCUUCACCGAAAAAUCCCUGCACGAGCUUCAAAUUUUAGCGACUGAUCGUGGAGGUGCCAAAAACAAAGGCACGGGUCACAGUAGUAAGGCUAAAGUACGCAUCAAAGUCCGCCAAGUCAAUUUAUUUGCACCAGAUAUUUAUGUACACCCUUUGCCAGACAUUCUAGAAAACUCCGACUUUUUGGUGUACGCAAUCGUGCGUGUAGUUGACAAAGAUUCUGGUGUCCACGGUCAAGUCAAAAGUUUGGAUAUCGUCGACGGUGACCCGGAUGGCCACUUUAGAGUCCGAAGAACCGAUACACCUGGUGAAUUCAACAUCGAAGUGCACAAGAAAUUAGAUAGAGAAGCCACUCCACAAGGUUAUAAUUUAACUUUACGAGCUGUUGAUCGUGGUACGCCCACUCGAGAAAGUUACAAAGCUGUUCCUGUGCACUUGUUGGACGCAAACGAUAACGCACCUGUAUUUGCAAGAGAGUUGUACGAAAUAUCUGUACCUGAAACAUCACCCAUAAACUCUCCAGUUAUACGUCUAAAAGUCACUGACAAAGACGAAGGCAAAAACGCGCAAGUUUUCCUGGAAAUUGUCGGCGGAAACGAAGGCGGCGAGUUCUGGAUCAACCCUAACUCCGGCAUGUUGUAUACAAGUGUUAUGCUUGAUGCUGAGUCCAAAGCGUUUUAUACAUUAACAGUAUCUGCUAUUGACCAAGGUAAUACUGGAACACGUAAACAAUCUUCAGCUAAAGUCAAAAUUAACGUCCAAGACGCCAACGAUAACGAUCCUGAGUUUGACCAAACAGAAAUCACAGUCUUUGCUGAUGAAAACGAACCUGGUGGCACUUUUAUUACCAAAGUUACCGCCAAAGAUCGUGACAGUGGUGAAAACGCUUACAUAUCCUACAGUAUAGCAAAUAUCGAAGACGUACCUUUCGAGAUAGAACAUUUUAGUGGUGCAGUACGUACAACAAGAUUACUGGAUUACGAAUCCAUGAGACGUGAAUACGCGCUUUUGAUUCGUGCAUCGGAUUGGGGUUUGCCUUACAGACGCCAAACUGAAUUACGACUAAAUAUCAAGUUGCGAGAUGUAAAUGAUAAUAGACCGCAAUUUGAACGCGUUGAUUGCGAAGUAAGAUUAUCAAGAUUUGCACCCAUUGGCACAGAAGUGAUAACUUUGUCUGCAAUUGACUUGGACGCUGGUAAUAUAAUUUAUUAUCGUGUGGUUUCAGGAAGCGAGGACGACUGUUUUGCCUUGGACACGUCAUCAGGAGUUUUGACUGUUGAUUGUGAUUUGAGUGAUGUACGGUCUGAUGAGCGUUUUGUUAACGCUACAGCAACUGAUGGUAAACAUUUUUCUGAUGUAGUCACUGUGCAUAUAAAAUUAACCAACACUUUGGACAAAUCAGGUGUAUCUAAUUGUCGUGAAACUGGUGUAGCAAGACGAUUGACUGAAGCUUUGGCUUCUGCUGAAAGAAAUAACUUACCUCUGCCUUCGCCCGAGCCUAGACACGCUAGGCACAGGGAUAACCUACACGCCCCUGAGUUUAUAGAUUUCCCUAACGAAGUACGUGUGAACGAAUCAGCACCUUUAGGCACAGUUUUACUAACUUUACGUGCAAGAGACCGCGAUAUGUCCUACAACGGUCGUGUGAUUUUCGGUAUCUCCGGUGGUGAUAGUGAUUCAGUGUUUCGUUUAGAUCCAGAAACUGGUGAACUGCAAAUUAUAGGUUAUUUAGACCGCGAACACGAGUACGAGUACUAUCUAAAUGUAACCGCGUACGAUUUGGGUAAACCACAAAAAUCGCAAUCACGUAUAAUUCCUGUAACAGUUCUUGAUGUCAACGACAAUGCUCCUAAAUUCGAGAAGGCAUUCGCCAGUUUUCGGGUUACUGAAAACGCGUUGAAUGGCACUGUGAUUUUUCGGCCAAAUGCCACCGAUGCAGAUUAUGGUGCCAAUGCCAAAGUUCGUUACUCGUUGGUAACUGAUACCAAAGACUUUGCGGUAAAUCCUGAUAACGGAUUUUUGUACGUCAGUAACUUCUUGGAUAGGGAAAGUCAGGAGUUGUAUGAACUGCGUUUAAGGGCUACAGAUGGUGGUGGUUUGUAUGCUGAUGCCUUGGUAAGAGUCACUAUAGACGAUGUAAAUGAUAAUGCUCCUAAAUUUGCUUUGGAAACUGUGACUGUCCGUAUACGCGAAGACGUACCCUUAGGCUCUCUUGUAGCCAUGGUCGACGCUUUUGACCCUGACCUAGGCGCCGGUGGCAUUAUAAAAUACUCUUUACUCCCCGACGAAGCCGAAGGCGAACCUUGUUUCCGAGUUGACAAAAAAUCAGGAGCCAUCAGAGUCUCCAAACCCUUAGACUUCGAAGAACGCCAACUUCAUACCUUGACCAUCGAAGCCAGAGACUCCGGUUCGCCAGCUUUGACCUCCAAAGCUGUUUUGAUAGUGGAAAUUGUGGACGUCGAUGAAAAUAGUUUUGCGCCAGUGUUUUCUGAUUUUGUGUUGAGUGGUUCAGUGAGUGAAAAUUUACCAGCCGGUUCUAAAGUGAUGAGAGCCUUGGCCACGGACGACGACCCGCCGGGGCCCUGUUCUAGGAUUACUUACACCAUCACAGGAGGCACAGGAUUGGGAUACUUUGCAAUCGAUGAUAAAGACAAUGGUUUGACUAGACCUUGA